ACCCAAUCUCAUUUUCUCUGCCGAAGAAUUUGAGCGGAAAACGCCACAGAGAGAGAGAGAGAUAUGGAGCUGGGUUGUCUAACAUUCGCCGCAGCCUCAUCCACAGCCUCCUUCCUGCGCCGCCACCCUCCAACUUUCCUGCAACCCCACGAUAGAUGCCACCACUUACUUCGCCUAAGCGCCGCCAACGUUAGUAGCAGUAGCCAAAACACCGAUAGCGGCAGAGGAAAUCUCUCCGCCAAAGCGUCGAAACAGAGCAUAUCGAGCCAGUGGGACGUGUCUAAUUAUGCAGCUCCGUCAUGGCUGCCGCGAUUCGAAGAGCUUGACACCACCAACAUGCUCCUGCGCCAGCGAAUUAUCUUCCUAGGCUCCCAGAUAGAUGAUGUGACCGCAGACUUCGUCAUAAGUCAGCUGUUGCUGCUAGAUUCCGAAGAUCAGAAGAAGGAUAUCAGAAUGUUUAUUAAUUCACCAGGUGGCUCUGUUACUGCUGGAAUGGGUAUAUACGAUGCCAUGAAAUUGUGCAAGGCAGAUGUAUCUACCAUUUGCAUGGGUCUUGCCGCAUCCAUGGGGGCUUUCCUCCUGGCCUCUGGUACUAAAGGAAAGAGGUUCUGCAUGCCAAAUGCUAGAGUGAUGAUCCAUCAGCCUCUUGGAACAUCUGGUGGAAAAGCUACGGAGAUGAGCAUACGCAUCAGAGAAAUGUCUUAUCACAAAGUGAAGCUGAACAAGAUAUUAUCACGAGUCACAGGGAAGCCUGAAUCACAGAUUGAGAUAGAUACAGACCGUGAUAACUUUAUGAGCGCCUGGGAGGCUAAGGAAUACGGGCUGGUGGAUGAAGUCGUGGAUGAUGGCAAGCCUGGCCUUGUGGCACCAACUGGAGAUACUUCGCCCCCUCCCAAAACCCGAGUUUGGGAUCAAUGGAAAGUCGAAGGCAGUAAAAAAGCUAAGAAGAAUUUACCCUCUGAGGAAAGGCUGCUGCAAAACGGAGUCGCUGUUGGUGAAUGAAGUACCAAUAAUUCAGUGAUAAAGGAUCGACGGCCUGAAAGAGAGUUUAGAUGCUCUUCACGUCAGUACUCGUCUCAUGUUAUGGAUUGCAACGUAUGCCGAAUCAAAUAGAAAUAUCACAUUUUUACUGUUUGUAAUUAGACAAAUUUAUCAGAAAUUGGUGAAGAUUGUAACAUGGAAACUGAGUUAGACAGUAUGUUCAAAUCUGAUCCCAUGGAUUUUGAUGAUU